CACAGGUUCACAAGAAGAUUUAGUUGUUUUUGCUUUUGCAUUUUUAUUUAGGAAGAGAUUGAAGAAUGAUUCUUGCUGAGGAGAAAAAGCCAAUAAAGAGGAAGCAAGAGAAGAGAAAAAAGAAAACAGCGAAGUCCUGGAGGAAAUGGGGGAUGGGAUCUUUUAAAACUAAGGGGAAAGUCUUUCCUUUCUCUCUCCCGGCAUUUUGGCGGCUGCUUUUGGUUGGGGCCGUCCCGCAACUAAGGCAGGAAGAUGGUGGCCACAAAGAAGAUGGAAAAGUCACUGGAGUCGAUCAACUCCAGGCCCCAGCUUGUUAUGAAAAGUGGAAAGUAUGUGCUGGGGUACAAGCAGACUCUGAAAAUGAUCAGACAUGGCAAAGUGGAACUGGUCAUCCUCGUGAACAACUGCCCAGCCUUGAGGACAUCUGAAAUAGAAUACUACGCCAUGUGGGCCAAAACUGGUGUCCAUCACUACAGUGGCAAUAAUAUUGAAUUGGGCACAGCAUGUGGGAAAUACUACAGAGUACGCACACUGGCUAUCGUUGAUCCAGGUGAUUCUGAUAUCAUUAGAAGCAUGCCAGAACAGACUGGUGAAGAGUAAAUCACGCAAAAUUUUCCUUUAAUAAAACUGGCCACAGCUUGUUUAAAAAAAAAAAAAAAAAACUAAGGGGAAAGAUGCUGAAUCAGUCAGUACUUUUCAGUUGCAAGUGUCAGAAACCCAACUCGGACUAGCUUAAGCAGUUACGAUUAAAAGUUACAAUUUCAGUAAGACUGUUGAAUCACAGACCUGAACCUCUGAAACAAAUAAUACAUUAUAUGUUAAAAAUAAAUAAAUAAAAGAAGAAGAUAGCAG